GUGAACUUGUUCACAUUCUUUCUACGUCUUACAACCGAAAUUCAACAAUCGCAAAACAACGCAAAAGAUGGGACAGGUAUCUGUUAGAGUGACAGUAACGCUGUCAAUGUAUUUAAUGCUUUUGGGCGUUAGAUUUUCAGCUGCAUCGGCAGGGUCUUCCAACAUCAUCGACCUGCCUGUCAAGCGGCUGAGCGCGUGCUCUGCCGAAGUGGACGGCAAAAUUAUCGACAUGUCCAGUUUGCAGAGAACAGACGGUAUUCCGAGAUUCAGUGUGGUCUACAAGUCCUAUAACUACAGCUUCAACCCCUGUAUGGCCUACAAUGAGCCCAGGGACCCGUAUGGAGGAUCUAAUAUGUUUGGGGACAUGUGCAUCCAUGUUUCGAUGUGCAAAUUCAUCAAGGUGGAUGAGCGGUACUUUUACUAUAGAAUUGGGUCCCAGUCAUCAGCGGAGUUCACAGCUCGGAGAAAUGUGGUGAAAAACUCCACUUCUGUGGAACUGACAUUUAGAGGCAUCAGAUCGCUAAGCCAUGUGAAGACCCACAUCACCCUGGUUUGUGAUCUCUUCCGUAUAAAACCAGAAGAUGCAGAGUUCCGGAUCACGGCUGACAAGAUACGCGGAGAUAUCUAUGCAGAACUUGCACAUGUUUGUGCGUGUCCAGGUGCAUGUGAAGGAAAACUGUCUCCUCCAGAUGUUACAGAAAACCAUGGCAAGAGUACGUACAAGAUUGUCCAGGGGAUGGCUGAAGACAAUGCGGCCAAGGAGAAAUCUUUUCCAGUCAGCAGUAAUGCUCGGUCACUUCUCAUUGUGUUUGGUAUUAACAUUGGGCUCUUGAUCCUGGCUGUUUUCAUUGGUGGAUUAUGUUACAGCAAGCGGAGUGCUUUGCGAUCAUACAAUAAGCUUCCAGGUCUCCAUGCCACCUGGGCAGGUGCUAACAAAGGGGACCUUCUUUCAAUGUCGAGGAAAGCUUACCGCGAUUACGAGCCACAUGAAGAUAAGCCACAGUUUCUACCUGUCUUGGAGGAGUGUGAAAUUCCAAUUGGUCAUCUGGAAGUCAAACAGAGACUCGGUGGUAAUGUGUUUGGUGAUACCUACAAAGGACGGUGGAAGGACAGAUCAGUGGCCAUCAAAUGUAUCACUCAUGGCAUUCAGCUCAGCCAGAACAACUCAGACAUUGUUAAGAAGAUCAAGACAGAGGUGUCCAUACUCAGCAAAGCCCGUCAUAAAAACAUAGCUGCCAUGAUUGGAAUGUGCUUUGAGGCCAAAUUUCCAUACAUAGUCAAUGAGAUGAUCAAUGGAAGGUCUGUCAAAGAGUACAUACUGGCUGAAGACUAUGUAUCAUGGUCACAGAAGAUCAGAAUGUGUAUCCAGGCUGCAGACGGAAUGACCUUCCUACAUUCUGUCAAACCCAACCCAAUACUCCACCGAGAUUUGCGCUGUGCUAACUUGAUGAUCACACCAGAAGAGAUCGUCAUUGUUGUUGAUUUCGGAGUGACAGCCAUUUUACAACCAGUACGAGAAGAGUGCCAAAGAGCCAAAUGUUUCUGUCAGAAGGAACUAAGCGCAUGCCCCGCCUCUAUACGAUGGACGGCCCCCGAAAUUCUCCACCAGACCGAUUCAGAGAAAAACCAGACGACCUUUACGACCAGCUGUGACGUCUACUCCUUUGGAAUGAUCUUGUGGGAAAUGUUAAAGGGCGAGAAUCCAUUCUGCGAAAUCCAGGCUGAGCUGGAGAUCAUGGAGAUCGUCAAGGCUGGAGGUAGACCUGUAAUUCCCCAAGACAUCAGUAUUCCUUCCAAGUACAAAGAUCUGAUGAAGGAGUUGUGGGAAGGGGAUCCACUCAGGAGGCCCACCUUCAAGCAGGUUGUGUCAGCAUUAAAGGAAGCCAUGUCGCAGGCGAGGCAUUUAGAGAAACAUGGUAUGUCACACACACAGACCAGUAGAAGUUCAACACCUGUCACUCAGCUGGUCUGAACACUGGGCCUUAGCAGCAUUACAGAGAGUUUGUGAUGCCAUUCCCUCCCACAAUAACAAUAGCUUGUUAGCAGUGUUCACGUCGGAGCAAUCAAGGUGGGCUGGAGGACCAGCUUUUGUGCAGAGAUUGCUGGUGACAUCAGCAAUGCAAGAGCAUUUUUCAUGUGGGCUGGAUGAACAGCUGUCAGUCAGAGAUUGCUGGUGACAUCAGCAAUGCAAGAGCAUUUUUCAUGUGGGCUGGAUGAACAGCUGUCAAUCAGAGAUUGCUGGUGACAUCAGCGAUGUAAGCGCAUUUUUCAUGUGGACUGGAUGAGUAGCUUUCAUACAGUUUACUUGUGACAUCAUCACACCAGAAUAACAUUAGCUUGUGAUCAGCAAUGUAAGCGCAUUUUUCAUGUGGGCUGGAUGAACAGCUUUCAUACAGUUUACUUGUGACAUCAUCACACCAGAAUAACAUUAGCUUGUGAUCAGCAAUGUAAGCGCAUUUUUCAUGUGGACUGGAUGAACAGCUUUCAUACAGUUUACUUGUGACAUCAUCACACUAGAAUAACAGUAACUUGUGAUCAGCAAUGUAAGCGCAUUUUUCAUGUGGACUGGAUGAGUAGCUUUCAUACAGUUUGCUUGUGACAUCAUCACACCAGAAUAACAUUAGCUUAUGAUCAGCAAUGUAAGAGCAUUUUUCAUGUGGACUGGAUGAGUAGCUUUCAUACAGUUUACUUGUGACAUCAUCACACUAGAAUAACAGUAACUUGUGAUCAGCAAUGUAAGAGCAUUUUUCAUGUGGACUGGAUGAGUAGCUUUCAUACAGUUUACUUGUGACAUCAUCACACCAGAAUAACAUUAGCUUAUGAUCAGCAAUGUAAGAGCAUUUUUCAUGUGGGCUGGAUGAACAGCUUUCAUACAGUUUACUUGUGACAUCAUCACACCAGAAUAACAUUAGCUUAUGAUCAGCAAUGUAAGAGCAUUUUUCAUGUGGACUGGAUGAGUAGCUUUCAUACAGUUUACUUGUGACAUCAUCACACUAGAAUAACAGUAACUUGUGAUCAGCAAUGU